AUGCUCUUAGAAAGUGGUCAAAAUUCGACAACUGCAAAUAGUCAGUCGAAACAAUGUCGAAUAUGUUUGGAUGAUGAUAAUCCGAAUGAUAUAAUUAGUCCAUGUUUAUGUAGUGGUGGUUCGGCUUACAUUCAUAGAAAAUGUUUAAAUGAAUGGCGAUCGGAAAAUGCAGGUGGAAGAGGUUUUAAAUAUUGCGAUGUAUGUAAAUUUGAAUAUAUUGUCGAAUCGGUUUCAAGCGAUGCCAAAGCUGAAAGGGAACGACUGUUGAAAUAUUAUGUUUUUGUUAUUCGUGAUUCAACAGCAAUUAUUUUAUUGGUUCAAUUCGUUAUUCUUGUUUUAGCAUUUCUAUUAAAAUUUAUGGACAGAAAGAGUGGAAACGUCAAAGAUCUAUUUCCAGAGUUAAUUAAAGGAUUUAUGGUUUAUUAUUUAAGCGCUGUUAUAUUAUUAUUAGCUAUUGUGGGUCUCAUCACUAUGAUUAUAUUCUUUUGCGCUUCUCUCAGUAGAAGCUCUUCAACUGGCAAUUGCAACACGAAUGGUAUGUGUGGCAGUGUAGUAGCUUUUAUAAUAGUAUGUGCUCUUGUUGGCUUGAUCGUUGGAGUAGUUGCAAGCGUAAUCCUACUAAAAAAACUUAUGAAACAUCAUGCAAGUCAACUAUGGCUACGACAAGAAGCAGAAAAAUAUAUUAUUAAAGAUUUUCAAGAUCGAAGAAGCGAAUUAGAACAAUACAAAAAAAAAACGAAUACAGAUAAUACUAAUGAAACCUAA